AUGAUGAGGCUGAAGACGAUGAUCAGGCUGAAGAGUUGCGACUUGCAAGAAAUAAGUAGAAUUCGAAGUGGAAAAAGGCAGAAUGAUGAGGCCACUUUGUCGGCUUCCAAGAAGAGUACAAAAGGCCCCUUGGAUGCAAAGUCCUACCAAAAAAAAGGUAAAACUUUGAGAAAAAGAAAGAAACAGUCGCGCAUAAAGGAUGGUUAUGGUAAGGAAGCAAUAGGGAGAACUUUCGAGUAUAUAGCUCAAUGUUUUUACAGGAAUGGAAUUCCUUUUAACGUUGCAAAGUCGAAAAGCUUAAAAUUGAUGGUUGAAGCAAUAAGUAAUCAUGGUACUCAUUUGAAGCCUCCAAGAGUUGAGAGUUCCAAUGCUUAA